AUCAUGAAACUCCCAUCCGCUUCCCAUACCCCUCCUCCUGCUGCCUUUCACCCCAGCUGCUUUGCACAGUCUCACCAUCCUCUGGGAUGCUUCUGCCGUGGGUGCUGCAAUGGGAGGAAUAUGUAAAAUCUAUUAAUGGUUUGGACAAAGCGAACCUGGAAUUGUGCGUUCUGAGAGUGCGUUGGAAAGAACCUGGCACACAAAGUGCCGUGCUUGGCUAGCACAGGUUUUCUGCCUUGUAUGGCCUGAGGAGUUGGCAAAAUGUUGUGGGAAUAGUCAGUUCUGCUGUAAGUCGCCAUUUUCUGACUUAUUUUAACAGUCUUUUAAACCAAUGUUUCAAUGUCUCCUUUUGCAGACUCUGGAGAUCCUUUUUUUUUGACAUGUGCUACUUAAGAAAAAUUGUCAUGCAAACCAGCCCAACAGUUUCUUUUGCAUGAAAUCAAGUGAAAAGCAUCAAGCACAAGGACAAAACGUUAAAUAGGUGAUAUUUCUGGUAUAGCUGGGCUCUCAAAACUGGCAGAACUGUCUGCAGAAGAGGAGCACGGAUCUGUGGGGUUACUUCUAGAAUCAAAGAGGAGAGGUCCACAUUGUGGAUGUACUGCUGGUUGCAUUUUAUGUAUAUUUUUCAUGUGGAGCUCAGCAGUCCCUGAGGAAAGGGCCAUGUCAGUAGCUAUAUUCCUCCCUUUGCUGUGCCCACUUGCUGUUUCUAAUAAUAAUUCUUUCUCCUGUAGGUAAUGGUGCUGCAUUACAAUCUUCAGUGCAGGGAAGAUCAACUCGUGAUAGUUGUUCUUUCUUUGUACAGCACCAAACACCACCACCUCUGGGGCAUGAAAUGCCAAAACCAGUGCCUGAGAGAAGUAAUUUUAUUUGCCUUCUCUGUCAGCUGGAAAAGCCACCUUCACCUGUCAUUUCACAGCUCCUGUUGUCCUUUUCCUUUCCAUCUUCCCUUCCCAUCUUCCCUUCAUAUUCAGGCAUAUGGCUGAGUGAACCUGGGGUUUCAAUUGCAGCAGCGCCUGUCUCAUGCCUGUAACCAAAAUGCUUCUUUCAAUUGAGAUCUGUAGGAAUUACCUUUUGGCAGCUUUUCUAAAGAUCUCUCACAGAGGGAAAUUAUCAUGCCUAUGACUACUUAAUUCUUUAUUGCUUUUAUUUAUUUCCUGGUUCAACUCCUUAUAUUGUUUCCUGAUUAUUGUUUUCCUAGAAGGAAGACUCUUAUUGCCCAUAAAGUGAUUCAGCCUAAAUAGCUUUAUAAUGUAUUUUCUGUAUGGUGUUAUUUUAUGAUCAUCAUGAAGAUAAAUUAGACAUGUAGUGAGUAAGAAACCAAUCCAUUCUAGGCAGGACUCAUGCUUACUUUUCAAGUGUAACCUUUAAGGAUUUUCAGCAGUAUUUUCCACUAUACUAUGUGCAUGUGUAAAUACACUGGGUAGUUCAGAAGCACUCCUGUUUUCUGAGUGCAGUACGUGGCAGAGCAGGAAAAUGCCUUUAAUUAUCCUGCAGGAGAAUGAAACUUGAUCUCAUCCAUUGUCACUGUCCAAAGAUGAUUCCUGGGAGCACACUCAUUCUGCCAUCCCAGAGGUGUUAUGUCUGUUGUACUUGUAUCUUCAGGUUAUUAAGAACAGAGAUAGUUUCAUAAUUGUGUGAGUAACUAAGGCUUCACUUCAUUCUACUUUAGCUGUGAUUUUGUUUUUUUUUAUUGCCAAAUAACCCAGAAACAAAGAGGUCACAUUGAGGCUUCUCUGUUUAAUUUAUGAUGUACUAAGCGGGUAGCUUUUCAUAAGCACCCAGUCAUCUCCAUCCAUUAUGUUGCCUUAGAUCAAGUGUCUUCUGGUCACCUUCCUCCCUCUAAAAGCAUCAGUAGAAAAUGUGAUUAAUUUUAGCAUCUUACUGUUCAGGUGCUUAAGGUUGAGUGAGAGGAAUACCAUCAAAAUGUUUGACCCUGAGGUUAGGCUGAGCGUGUCUGGAGAGAUGACAGAUACAAUUUUUACAGAUCAUGAUACAGGGCAGAGUUUUCCAAGUUUCUCAGAGAGAAUUCCCUUCUGUUUUUCAGGUCUCUGCUUUUUGUGCUUGUGGUAACUUCACUUUAAAGUGAGACUUGAUCAGGCAUUUGCCGAUAGUUUGAUCUCUAAAGCAAUACAAGCUAAAGGCUUGAUGUAUGUGUACACAUGUUGGUGUAUGUGGCUUUUAAGAUUUCAGCUUACUCAGCUGUAGAUUGAAGAUGUAAUUUUGCAGGUACUGUAGUUUCACAUCUGUGUGGAACAGUUUUACCAGUCAGGAUUCCCUCCUGGAGAUAAAUUUGAGUGACUGAGACCUACUUCAUCUCUUCUCUUUCAGAAAGUAAAUCCCUUCCUAUUCUAGGAAGUGUGCUCCUUUUGUCUGAUUCUUUGUGUCUUUGCCUCUUACUCCUCACCCGGGCUGUAUAGAAACACAUUUUAGCCUAAACUUAGGCUGCUGGUUGCCUUAAUACCAUUUGUGUGGCUUGAUUGCAAUAAUCAUGUUUUCAUUUCUGAGCCUGUGAGUAGAGGAAAAACUAAAUGUUCUAGUGGAGUGUCUCCAGGGUAUACUAAUUUUUAAGGUCUCUCUUCAGUGUCAGAAUGUGCUUAAAUGUGGCUUGUUUCCUAGGUUCCUUCAUCAGCAUCUCUGAUAAGAAGACAGGUUGUUCCCUUGGCUUGUGGCGGUUUCUUUCUAUGAGCAGAAAAGGUGCUUUUGCCCGCUGCUUCAGUAGUAGGUCCCAACCCAUGUGCCAACAGCUGUAUUGAGAGGCCGACCAUACAGAAUAUUCUCCAUAACCUAAAAGAGAUUUUUUUCUUCUUUCUGUGCAUCAAAUAUCUUUUCUGCCUUCUGAUAUGUCUUGGAAGGUAUCAGAGGCAGGCGGUGGAUUUUAUAGCAUAUCUUUUAUUGAUGGCAUAAAAACCCUCUUUGCAGUUGGUACAGCAGACUCCUUCAAUGUGAGACCUGUAGUUGGUUUUACUUGCCUGCACAGAUUCAGUUGGUCACUGUUAGCAGUGGUUGGGUAGCUGGAUAGUAUAACUUAGGGGUAACAUAAAAUGAAGUUGACUUUACCAUUAAAGGAAUGAUACACAGACUGUAUGAAACAUACUUUGCAAUUUAAUCAAAGUGCUAAAUGUUUGACAAUGUAUCUGAAGCUGCUCUAGAGUGCCUGGUACCACAGUGGAGCGCUGCCGAAUCCAAGGGCCUCACUGCAGGAUUUAGGUCACCCUUGCUGCGGAGCACACAGGACCUGGGGACUGAGUUUGCCCUAAAAGAAAUCAUGUCAUCAGGAGGAGCUGAAGAUGACAUUCCUCAAGCAGAGAGGAAAACAGUGACAGACUUUUGCUACUUGCUGGAUAAAUCUAAACAGCUAUUUAAUGGCUUAAGGGAUUUACCACAGUAUGGGCAAAAGCAGUGGCAGUCCUAUUUUGGGCGAACAUUUGAUGUUUACACCAAACUCUGGAAGUUUCAACAGCAGCAUCGACAAAUACUGGACAAUCGGUAUGGGUUGAAGCGGUGGCAAAUUGGGGAAAUUGCUUCCAAGAUUGGGCAGCUCUAUUACCAUUAUUACUUGCGCACGUCAGAAACCAGCUAUCUCAAUGAAGCUUUCUCCUUCUAUUCAGCAAUUAGGCAGAGGUCAUACUACUCCCAAGUCAACAAAGAAGACAGGCCUGAAUUAGUGGUUAAGAAGCUGCGUUACUAUGCAAGGUUUAUAGUGGUUUGUCUCUUGCUCAACAAAAUGGAUGUUGUAAAGGACCUUGUAAAGGAGCUGUCAGAUGAAAUUGAAGACUACACUCAUCGCUUUAAUACUGAAGAUCAGGUGGAGUGGAACCUGGUUCUUCAGGAGGUGGCAGCUUUUAUUGAGGCAGACCCUGUCAUGGUUUUAAAUGAUGACAACACCAUUGUAAUCACCUCUAACAGGCUUUCUGAAACAGGAGCUCCGUUGCUAGAGCAGGGAAUGAUAGUGGGACAGCUUGCUCUUGCGGAUGCGCUCAUUAUUGGGAACUGCAACAACCAGGUCAAGUUCAGUGAAUUAACAAUUGAUAUGUUCCGAAUGCUACAAGCACUUGAAAGGGAACCAAUGAAUCUAGCAUCACAAAUGAACAAACCUGGAAUGCAGGAAUCAACGGAGAAACCAGCCAGGCGGGAAAACCCCCAUAAAUACCUACUUUAUAAACCAACUUUCAGCCAGCUGUAUACAUUUUUAGCAGCAUCAUUUAAGGAGCUGCCUGCAAACAGUGUUCUGCUGAUUUACUUGUCGGCCACGGGCGUGUUUCCAUCAGGUCGUUCGGAUAGUGAAGGUCCAUAUGAUUUCGGUGGUGUUCUGACAAAUAGCAACCGGGACAUUAUAAAUGGGGAUGCUAUCCACAAGCGAAACCAAUCUUACAAGGAGAUGCACUGUCUUCACCCUGGAGAUCUCUACCCUUUCACAAGAAAGCCCCUGUUUAUCAUUGUGGACUCUUCAAACAGUGUCGCCUAUAAGAAUUUCACAAACCUUUUCGGACAACCAUUGGUGUGCUUGCUUUCUCCAACAGCGUACCCAAAAGCACUACAAGAUCAGUCCCAGCGGGGCAGCCUCUUCACACUCUUUCUGAACAAUCCUUUAAUGGCAUUCCUGUUUGUCUCUGGAUUAUCAAGCAUGCGCAGAGGACUGUGGGAGAAGUGUCAAGAUUACCUUAGGAAAAUCAACAGAGAUAUUGCCCAGCUGCUGACCCACUCCCGAUCCAUAGAUCAGUCCUUUCUUCAGUUUUUUGGGGAUGAAUUUCUUCGCCUGCUUCUAACAAGAUUUAUCUUCUGUUCGGCUACUAUGAGGAUGCACAAAAUUUUCCGGCAGGAGACUCGAAACUAUCCAGAAUCUUACCCUCAGCUGCCAAGAGAUGAAACGGUGGAGAACCCUCACCUCCAAAAGCACAUUUUGGAGCUGGCUUCCAUACUGGAUGUUAGGAAUGUUUUCCUGGAAAACACCCUCGAUGACUAUUAAAAGAAACUGUCUUACUGCAAAGGGGUUUCCCUGGCCACAGAUUUUGAAUGGUGCAGUUUUAUAAUGUGAAAAUCAUAAAAAGGAAGUACUUGAUUUUAUUUUUCAAUUUAGGACCAUUAUUUUAAGGAGUAAUAAUAGACAGCUGUUAGUUUUAGCUGUUCCAUUCUGUAUGGGGUCAAUUUUAUAAGCAGAAGUUUUCAUGUCUUUUAAAUGUUAAACUAAAGAAUCACUAGAGGUUUAUUUCUGGUCUUGUGGCUGUCAACCACAUUUCCAACAGCUGAUCCUAAGCAUAGAAGUAUUAUUGGUUACCUUUAGGCCACAUUUGUGGAAAUCCUUUAUUUUUAUACAAUUUUAAGAAAUUGGGAAGAAAAAAAUCAAUAGAAAACCAAUAUUUUAUCCCCAAAGAGUCUGGAUUUGAAAUGGUAAAGAUGGAACCACACAGUGCAGACCAACAAUAGCAAUAAAAUGAGUCCUUCAUAACAAAUAUAUUUUUUCAGUCUUAGGCAAGUGAGUAGACAAAACUGUGGACAAUUAAAUUGCAUUUGGAGCAGUGUUGUAAAGAUACUUAAUGCUCCCUAUAAAUUUGACACAGCAAUUUUAUAUAUGAACUUUGUACUGCUGACCAAGAACACAAUUUCCACUCCACUUCACUGACAGGUGGUUAGCAGAUUAACAGAUUACUACCCAAGAAAGCUAACCCUCAUUUCUCACUGUAUAUGGGUCAUCUUGCUAUUUGUAUUGCUGCCAGAGUUUUCCAAGCGGAGGGGCCAUUCUUCAUUUUGAGGUGUUAGAUAGAAAUUCUUACAUUUCCAGCAGGUGUAUCCCUCCUUUCAGUAUAUGGAUGGAAUGUGUGGCUCCCCCAGUGUUACCAGCACCUCAUAGGAGCUGAAGGCAUGUCCCAUACAGUGCAAACAUGAGCCCUUCCUAUUGCUUGUUUACCUGACCCAUUUGUGUUGGAUCCCUGUGCCACAGGAGAGAUGCUGAUGCUCCUCUUGCAGGUUAAACAAAGUGGGUGCUGCCUUAAAGCCCUAUUAAUGUUUUGCAUGCCCGCCCUUGCAUCUCAGUCCUGUCUCUGAACCAGACGGAGGGGCUGUAAUGAUGAGUGGCAGCACUCCCUAAGCCUGUGAUGCUCAGUUUGGGUAUGCUCUGUACAGUGGCUGGAGAAGGCUGUUUUGACUGAUAGGAAAGUGCUUGCUGACAUUUGCACUGUGCUGCCUGCCUUGCAGAGCUAGAGGACCUCUUGCAACUCCUGACAGUGAAGGUGUGAGCAAGGAGAAGGAAAGGGAAAUAUUUUAAACUAUUAAAUGAAAAAGUCUAUUGUCACUGUUCUGUGGGCUGCUAGAAGAGAAGUGAAAGGGCAAGUCUGAUCAGUGCUUUUCUGUUGAACCCCAGCCAUGCCUCUCUUUUUAGGUGGAAAAGUGCAGAAUUUGUUGGUAGGCCUGUUUGCAAUGCCAUAGCACAAGGUACGAUCUAGUCAGCCGGAAUAGUGAAGGGCACUGGUGGACCCCAUUCAGCUGAGGAAAGCACAGUGUGGAACAGCAAGAAUUGCUGGAGUGUAGCUGGGGAGUUUGCAUGAAGGAUCUUUGUAGCUGGGCUGAAGCUUUUGUCAUCCAUUCUUUAAUUUCCCAAAUGUAAAAUAUCCUGUGAAUGCUCGUGUUCGUUCUAAGCACUCUCGAAGCUGGUAUAUUGAGCCCCCACCACUUGGUGCUGCUCUUCUUUGGACUAUGGCAGGACUUCAUUACCUGGGAUGUGGAGUUUAUUUUGAAGAGUGUAUGUUUGUGUGUGUGCAUGUGUGUUCUAGGCGUUUGUGUGUAUAUGUACAAUACUCAUACAUUUACUGGCUGGUGUAAAUUGUAAAUAUGUAUAUAUGUAUAGGUACUUGUAUAUGUAUUAAAAAGAAUGAAACACUGCAA